AUGACUGGGAGAGCCAGAGCGAGAGCGAGAGGAAGGGCUCGUGGUCAGGAGGCGAUGCAGCACGUGGGCGCCGCUGCAACCCAGCAGCCUGCUUACAUUCAGCCUAGGCCUCAGCAGCGACCGGCCGAGGGGGAAUUGGUUGGCCGUGGACCACAGAGAGGAACAGUAGGAGCGACAGCCCAGCCACAAGAACUCCAGAUAUCUGCUGGAUUUCAGGAGUUAUCAUUAGCAGACAGAGGAGGCCGUCGUAGAGACUUUCAUGAUCUCGGUGUGAAUACAAGACAGAACCUAGAUCAUGUGAAAGAAUCAAAAACAGGUUCCUCAGGUAUUAUAGUAAGGCUAAGCACUAACCAUUUUCGAUUGACGUCCCGUCCCCAGUGGGCCUUAUAUCAGUAUCACGUUGACUAUAGCCCAUCAAUGGAAGCCAGAAGACUCCGCUCAGCUCUUCUGUUUCAACAUGAAGAUUUAAUCGGAAGGUGUCACGCUUUUGAUGGAACAAUAUUAUUUUUACCUAAAAGACUACAGCACAAGGUUACUGAAGUUUUUAGUCAGACCCGAAAUGGAGAGCAUGUGAAGAUAACAAUCACCUUGACAAAUGAACUCCCACCUACAUCACCAACUUGUCUGCAGUUUUAUAAUAUUAUUUUCAGGAGGCUUUUAAAGAUCAUGAAUUUGCAGCAGAUUGGACGGAAUUAUUAUAACCCAAGUGACCCAAUUGAUAUUCCAAAUCAUAGGUUGGUGAUUUGGCCUGGCUUCACUACUUCUAUUCUUCAGUAUGAAAAUAACAUCAUGCUUUGCACUGAUGUCAGUCAUAAAGUCCUUCGAAAUGAAACUGUUUUAGAUUUCAUGUUCAACUUGUUUCAUCAAACUGAAGAACAUAAAUUUCAAGAACAAGUUUCUAAAGAGCUGAUAGGUUUAAUUGUUCUCACCAAGUAUAACAAUAAAACAUACAGAGUGGAUGAUAUUGACUGGGACCAGAAUCCAAAGAGUACCUUUAAGAAAGCAGAUGGCUCUGAAGUCAGCUUCUUAGAGUACUACAGGAAGCAAUAUAACCAAGAAAUCACCGACUUGAAACAACCAGUUCUGGUCAGUCAGCCGAAGAGAAGGAGAGGCCCUGGAGGCACGUUACCAGGCCCUGCGAUGCUGAUCCCCGAGCUCUGCUACCUCACAGGUCUAACUGAUAAAAUGCGGAAUGAUUUUAAUGUGAUGAAAGACUUGGCUGUUCAUACAAGACUAACUCCAGAACAAAGGCAGCGUGAAGUAGGAAGACUGAUUGAUUACAUUCAUAAAGACGAUAACGUGCAGAGGGAGCUUCGAGACUGGGGUCUGAGCUUUGACUCCAACUUACUGUCCUUCUCAGGAAGAAUCUUGCAAGCAGAAAAGAUCCAUCAAGGUGGAAGAACAUUUGAUUACAGUCCACAGUUUGCAGAUUGGUCAAAGGAAACAAGAGGUGCACCAUUAAUUAGUGUAAAGCCACUAGAUAACUGGCUAUUGAUCUAUACUCGAAGAAAUUAUGAAGCAGCCAAUUCGUUGAUACAAAAUCUAUUUAAAGUUACACCAGCCAUGGGCAUACAAAUGAAAAAAGCAAUAAUGAUUGAAGUGGAUGAUAGAACUGAAGCGUAUUUAAGAGUCUUACAGCAGAAGGUCACGUCAGAUACCCAGAUAGUUGUUUGUCUGUUGUCAAGCAGUCGGAAGGACAAAUAUGAUGCUAUUAAAAAAUACUUAUGUACAGAUUGCCCUACUCCAAGUCAGUGUGUGGUGGCCCGAACCUUAGGCAAACAACAGACUGUCAUGGCCAUUGCUACAAAGAUCGCCCUGCAGAUGAACUGCAAGAUGGGAGGAGAGCUUUGGAGGGUUGAUAUGCCUCUAAAGCUAGCCAUGAUAGUUGGCAUUGAUUGCUACCAUGACACCACAGCUGGACGGAGGUCAAUUGCAGGCUUUGUCGCAAGCAUCAAUGAAGGGAUGACCCGCUGGUUCUCUCGCUGUGUAUUUCAAGAUAGAGGGCAAGAGCUAGUAGAUGGGCUCAAAGUCUGCUUGCAAGCUGCUCUGAGGGCUUGGAAUAGCUGCAAUGAAUACAUGCCUAGUCGAAUUAUCGUGUAUCGGGAUGGCGUAGGAGAUGGUCAGCUUAAAACAUUGGUGAACUAUGAAGUACCACAGUUUCUGGAUUGCCUAAAAUCUGUUGGUAGAGGUUACAGCCCAAGACUAACGGUCAUUGUGGUGAAGAAACGAGUGAACGCCAGAUUUUUUGCCCAGUCUGGAGGAAGACUUCAAAAUCCACUUCCUGGAACAGUUAUUGAUGUAGAGGUUACCAGACCAGAAUGGUAUGAUUUUUUUAUCGUGAGCCAGGCAGUGAGAAGUGGUAGUGUUUCUCCCACACAUUAUAACGUCAUCUAUGACAACAGUGGCCUGAAGCCAGACCACAUACAGAGGUUAACUUACAAGCUAUGUCAUGUCUAUUAUAACUGGCCAGGUGUCAUUCGUGUUCCUGCUCCUUGCCAGUAUGCCCACAAACUGGCUUUCCUCGUUGGCCAGAGCAUUCACAGAGAGCCCAACCUGUCACUAUCAAAUCGUCUUUACUACCUCUAACCUACAGAAGAAGACAAGAUGUAGCGCGCUCGAGAGUUCCAGCGGCUCCACGUCCUCGCCGGUCUCUGAUGAUGUCAGUCUUUUCCUUUUAGUGGGUGUGUGAUGUUAUCUCAUGUGGAUUAUUAAUUGCAUUUCCCUGCUGACUAAUGAUACUGAGCAUUUUUUAUGUGCAUAUUAACCAUUCUUAUAGCGUCUAUGACGUAGCUGCUCAGAUCUUUUGCAUACUAUCUUUUAAAUUGGUUGGUCUUAUUCAAUUGUAAAAUUUCUUUGUGUAUUCUGGGUAAAAGUCUUUUGUCAGGUAUAUGCACUAUGAAUGUUUCCUCUUUGUUUCUGGCUUCCUGUUUUGCUUUCUUAAGUAUCAAAGAGAAGAUAUUUUUAAAUUUGAUGGAGUCCAGUUAUCAGGGGUUUUUUCUCUUAUAAUUUGUGCUUUUUGUGUCCUGAAUAAGACAUCUUUCUAGCCAAAUUUCUCCUGUGUUUUCUUCUAGAAGUUUUAUAGUUUUAACAUUUUCAUUUAGGACUAUGUUCUGAGUUAAAUUUUGUGUAUCAUAUGGGGUAAGAGUCAGUUUUCCCUCCUAUGAAUCCCCCUUCUUUCUGCAGAAUUUCUAGAAAAUACCAUAUUUCCCCCAUUGAUUGCUUUGGCACCUUUGUUGAAAAUGAACUUACUAUAUAUGUAAGCAUCUAUUUGUUCCAUUGAUUUAUAUAUAUCUUAAUUUAUAUAUAGCUAUAUUUUACAUACAAACAACACUGCCUUGAUUACUGUAGCUUUAUAAUGUCUCAAAAUUAGGCAAUGUUAGUCUUUCCACCUUGUUCAUCUUUUUCAAAAUGGUUUUGACUAUUCUAGGUCGUUUGCAUUUCUUUAUAAUUUUUUAAUCAGUUUAUCAAUUUCUGGAAUAAGCCUGCUGGAAUCUUGACUGGCAUUUCACUGAAUCAGUAGAUUUACCCGGAGGGAAAUUGGCAUUUAACAAUACUGAAUCUUCCAAGCCAUUAACAUUUUUUAUAUCUCUAUUUAGGAGCUUUUUCAUAGUCUUUAGGCAAUGUUUUACAUUUUUCAGUAUAUAAGUCUUGUAUGUAUUUUGUUAAAUUUGUCCCUGAGAAUUUCAUGUUUUUGAUGCUACUAUAACUGAUUACAUUUAUUUCUUUCUUUAUUUUGUAUCAGUUAUAUAUCUAUAUUUUAAUGUCUGUCUGUUCCCUGCUGGGAAGAUUGAUACAAAAUAUGCAAUUUAUACAAAAAUACAAUUGAUUUUUUUAUGUCGACCUUGUGCCCUGUCACCUUGCCAAAUUCACUUAUUAGUACUAACCGCGUUUUGUGGAUAUCCCUUAACAUUUUCUGCAUAAACAAUGUCAUCUGCAAAUAAAGACUGUUUUACUUCUUCCUUUCAAAAGUGUAUGACUUUUCUUUCCUUUUCUUUCCUUAUUGCAAGGCUAGAAACUCCAGUAUAGUGUUGAAUACAAGUAGUCAAAUGGUCAUCCUUGUGUUGUUUUUCUGUUUGACAGAAAGGGCAAGUGGUCAGUCUUUCAUCAUUAUGUAUGUUGACUGUUAACUUUACCAAGUUGAGGUAAAUUCCUUUAUUUUCCUGGUUUCCUGCACAGCUGUUGAUUUUGUCCAGUGCUUUCCUUGCAUUUAUUGAAAUGACUGGGUAGCUUUUCUCUUUUGUUCUGUUAAUACACUAAAACACCUUGAUUUUCUUCAACAUGUUCAACCAACCUUCAUUCCUGGGUUGAACCACAGUUAAAUAUAGUGUAUCAUCCUUAUAUAUUGUUGGAUUCAAUCUGCUAAUGUUUGGUUAAGGAUUUUUUUUCUAAUCUACAUUCAUGAUGCUACUGGUCUGUAGUUUUCUUACAAUGUCUUUGCCUAGUUUUGGUAAUCAGGAUAAUGCUGGCCUCAUGAGUUUGAGCAUUUUUCUUUCUUCUCUCUUCUCUGGAAGAAUUUGUGUGCAGUGGGCCGUAUGUAUUCCUUAAACGUUUCGUAGUAUUCACCAAAGCUAAGUCCAGCUCAUUAUCACUUUGGGCUUGCCUACAUUUUCAUAUUUUAGGAAAUUUGUAAACGUGUUCAAAAGAUUUAAUCCUGGUUACUUUUACUGAUUUUAUUAUUUUUUUUGGAGAGAUUGUCAUUAAUUUCUUUUUGCUGUGGUAAAGUAUAUGUAACAUAAAGUUUACCAUUUCAACCAUUUUUAAGUGUGUAGUUGCAUUAAGUACAUUCACAUUGUUGUGUAGACUUUAAUUUCUUAUACUGAUAUUUCUUAAACUGGAA